AUGUCUAAGAAUGGAUCCCAGAUGUGGAUUCGUGUAACAGAAUACACCCUGGCCUCCUUAUGGAAUUACCAGCAGUGCCAGCACCAGUAUCACCAGUACCAGCACCAGCACCAGUACCAGCAGUGCCAGCACCAGUAUCACCAGUACCAGCACCAGUAUCACCAGUACCAGCACCAGUGCCAGCACCAGUAUCACCAGUACCAGCACCAGUACUGCUCCUGUUUCUCCAGCAGACCGCUUCACUGGUCUCUGCAGUUUAUUUCCAGGCCGAUGAUCGACAGCGCUGGAGGUUCCGGCUCUGCUCCGGGAUUUUUCCAGCUCGGUGCAGGAAACGGCGUCUCUGCAGAACCUGACCGUAAGAAUCUGUGUGAUCUGUUCCCAUCAUGCACCAGCAGCACGAACCGCCUGGUCCAGCCGGACGCUCUCACAGCAGACGUGUGCUCGGACGGGACGGUCACCUCUGACAUCACACACCUGCUCGAACCUCAGCCUGAGCAGCACAGAAGAGAGAUCAUAACCACACAGAUCCGGUGUAUCGUGGUGAAUCUGGAGUAUGUAAACUGCACAUGGAACAAUGACGGGGUUCCUCAGGAGAACUUCACCUUCUACAGCAGUUACAUCAAGAAAACAGACCGUGAGAAGUGUUCAUCAUAUCAGGUUCUGAGGGGGGUGAGGGUGGGGUGUGUGGUGCCCUACAGCGAAUCCAAACUGCUUAGAUUUGAGACGCUGCACGCUUGGUUAUACAGAGACAACGACAGCGUGGUGGCACAACAUGAGCGUACACUCAUCAACAUGGUGAAGCUGAAUCCUCCGUGUAACCCCUGGGUAGAGCUGACGGAUCCUGAGCUCUGGUUUCACUGGAACAGUUGCAGUAAAGCUAAACCUCGCUGUCAGGAGCAGCAGGUUCGCCACAGAAUCGACCAGAACAACUGGAAGGUACGCGGCUCCUACAGCGUUCCGUUUCCCAGUUCCCGAGGAACCUACGAGUUCCAGGUGAGGGUUCGCAUGUCGUCCACCUGCGGCGAGUCUGAACUGUGGAGCGACUGGAGCGAGUCGGUGUUCUGGAGCUCCGAGACGGCCAGAAACAACACGGCGUUUGAUGUGUUCUGUGUUUCAGUAGAGACGUCAGGAGGGAUGUCGCCUCCUCUGAUAGUGCUGAUGUCCUUCAGCGCCGGGGUCGUCCUCAUCAUCCUCACCUGCCUGCUGGUCCACAGCGAGAGGCUGAGGGUGAUCCUGGUCCCUGUGGUCCCGAGUCCCAAAAACGUGGGAGAGCUGAUUUACAGCUACGAUGGAAACGUAGAGAAGUGGCUGCACAUUUCUAAAGAACUGCAGGACGGGUUCAGGAGCAACUUCAGCGAGAGACCCUGCAGCGUCAGGGAGUUCAGGACCGAGCAGAGCCAAUCAGAGGCCGAGGAUCUGCUCCCGCCUCACACCGCCGUCUCGUACGAUUAUCAACACAUGCAGAGCUGCUCCUGCUCCCCCGCAACCUCACCCUCACCCUGAUCCUCAGCCGCAACCUCAACCUGAUCCUCAUCCUGAUCCUCACCCUGAUCCUCAUCCGCAACCUCACCCUGACCCCUCAUGCCCUCCCACAGCACUGCUCUCUCUCUCUCUCUCUCUCUCUCUCUCUCUCUCUCUCUUUCUCUGCUGUGCUCUGUAUUAGAAUGAUUGAAUCAGUGUGUUUGACACGUGUAUAAUUCGGGGCCCUGGGGUGGUGCAGCGUGUACACGUGCGCCCCCACUAAUGUAAACAUGUAAAUAAUUAUUCAUUUAUUCUUAUAACUAUAACAAACUUACAGUCGCUGCUGCUGGUAAUCACAAUGUAACACGUGUGUGUGUGUGUGUGUGUGUGUGUGAGAGUGUGUGUGUAAAAUAAUCAGUAGUUUCUGUGCAGUGUGGGAGUGAAGCAACAUUUUGUUUAUUUUCUAUUAUUUCUAUUUUGUAAUAAAAUAUAUAUAUAUAUAUAUGUUUGAUUUAUUACACAUCAAAAAAAUUUUAAUACAUUUUUGUGAUUUUACUGAAUAAACUUUUGCUGCACGUGUUCCUACAGAAACUGUAAUUAAUCAUUUAUUUUAAUAAUCAUAAUGAU